AUGGGAGAAGUGGUAGAAUUAAAAAGUAGUCAAGUCAUUCCACUCGCAACUUCACCUUCAGAUACCAAUACUGAAGCAGAGGCAAUGCAAACGAUAACCAUUAUAGAUGGUGAUCCUUUAAAAGAUAUUACUUCAUCUACAAGCUUGCAAGGUUACCGGCACAAUCCACAGGAAGCUUGGCUUCCCAUCACAGAGUCCAGGAAUGGCAACACCUAUUUCGCAAUGUUUCAUUUAAUUUGCUCAGGACUUGGAUGGCAAGCUCUUUCGCUUCCUAUUGUAUUUGCCUCACUUGGAUGGACAUGGGGUAUCAUAUGUUUGUCACUAGCUUUUGUGUGGCAACUCUAUACCAUAUUUAUUCUUGUUCAACUACAUGAAGCAAUCCCUAGAAUUCGCUACAGCAGAUACAUGCAACUUGCAAUAGCUUCUUUUGGUUAUCCAAAACUAGGGAACUGGUUUGCCCUAUUCCCUAUAAUGUACAAUUCAGGGGGUGCUUGUAUCCUUCUAAUUAUCACUAGAGGUGGCACCCUAGAUAUCUUAUUCAAAACCAUAUGUGAUGGUGAUGCCAUGUGUCAUGCCAAAUCAUUGACAGGUAUAGAGUGGUACUUGGUGUUCACAUGCAUAGCAUUACUUAUAGUUCAACUACCCAACCUCAACUCUAUAGCAUGGGUGUCUCUAAUUGGGGCUACCACAGCUGUUCUAUAUUCUACUUUGAUUUGGGUUCUCUCAAUUACCAAAGAUAGGCCCAUAGGCAUAUCCUACAGUCAAUCUGAUGAAAUGAAAUCUAACAUGGAAAAAUUCAGCGAUGUGUUGAAUGCGCUUGGGAUCAUUGCCCUUGCAUUCAAAGGACAUAAUGUUAUCCUCGAGAUACAGGGAACAUUGCCUUCAAGUCCAAAACAAACAUCCUAUAAGUCAAUGUGUACAGGGGUGACAAUAUCACACAUAGUAAUCGCUAUGUGCCAAUAUCCCCUUGCAAUAGGUGGAUUUUGGGCUUAUGGAAACAUGGUACCGUAUAGUGGAGGACAAGGAUUGUUGACUUUAUUUUCACAAAUCCACGGACCAAACAGCUCGAAAUUAAUGAUGACCUCAAUUUACCGACCAGUAUUGGUGAACUGUUUAUGUACAUUCCAAGUUUACGCCAUGGUUGUUUUUGACAACUUGGAAGUUAGAUACACAAGCAAGAAAAAUCAGCCAUACCCAAGGUGGGUUCGCACAUUCCUUCGUAUUUUCUUUGGAGGGUUGGCUUUCUUUCUUUCUGUGACUUUUCCAUUUUUGGGAAGACUAGCACCUUUAGUUGGAGGUGCUACAUUACCUUUAACUUUUGCUUAUCCAUGUUUCAUGUGGAUUGCAAUGAAGAAACCUCUACCAAAUGGUUUGGUUUGGUUUAUAAACAUGGGGUUAGGUUGCUUUGGCAUUGUCUUGACUAUUCUAAUAGUUAUUUCAGCGGCUUGGACCUUAGCUGACAAUGGACUAAAAGCCAACUUCUACAAGCCUUAA